AUAAGCAAACAAACAAAACAAGCUCAGUUGAAAUAAUUGAAUUCAUUAUUCAUCCUCUUCUCCAUUUUCUUCCCCAAUCUCUGCCCAUCAAUGGCAAAUUAUCAUAAUUAAGCCUGACACACCCACACCUACACACACACGCACGCACCACUUCUCUCUCUCUCUCUACAAGCACACACACACACAUAGGUGUUAAUCGUUUCCGCAUCUGAAGUCUGAAGAUCCCUAACUUUUCACUGUAACUUGCAUGUGUGUGUAUGCGCGCUCAUUUCCGCAUCCCUAAUUGAACAACCCUAGGUGUUUUCUCCCUUUUUAUACUCUACUUAAGUAAUUUGUGAAUGCACCUUCACUCACAAACGAUUAUUGCUGGAAACUCAAUUUUUGGCAUCUAUCUACUUUUGAAUCUCAUGCUGUGAUUUGAAAUUUAUGACUUCUGAGAUCUUCAAGCUGCGCCUUUUAGGCCUAUUUUUUUGUUUGGAGAUCUCGUCUCUGUACAGUUUGUGAUAAUUCGCAAGGCAUUCUGGAUCAGAUCCUCAUUUUUAUCUAUAAUUGAAAACUUGAAAAUAUUUGAAAUUCACUUCACUUUUUUUAUCUUCUUCGCGUAAUUUGCUUGAUUUAAUCACCUGAGAAGAAGAAAAAAGGGGGCGGGGGGAGAAAUUCGAAAAGCCAGAAUGUGGAAGCAAUUUCUGAAUAAGCUCCCGCGGAAAUCCCAGAAAUCGGCUCGAGAUUCGGCCAGAAACCCUAAUUUGGAUGCGGGUUCGGGCCGGGCCUGCACUGGCAGCUCUGCUGCGAAACGGGCUUCGGCUGCGGUGUUCCCAGCCAGCGUGAUUUCGGGAAUCGAGCCAUUGCUUGCGUUUAAAGAUGUUUCAAACUCAGAGAAGAUGAAUCUGUUCAUUAGUAAGUUGAGUCUUUGCUGUGUUGUGUUUGAUUUCACUGAUCCAGCUAAAAAUGUUCAAGAGAAGGAGCUUAAGCGAGCUACAUUGCUCGAGUUAGUCGAUUUUGUCUCCGAAAACCCCCUGAAAUUCUCAGAGCCUGCUAUCUUAGCUUCUUGCAAGAUGUGUUCCAUUAAUUUGUUUCGUGUUUUCCCACCCAAUUGUCGGUCGAGAAGCUCAAGCUCCGGUGAAAAUGAGAAUGACGAUGAGCCCACGUUUGAUCCUGCGUGGUCACACUUGCAGCUGGUAUACGAGUUCUUGCUCAAGUUUGUGACCUCGUCUUCUUUGGAAGCCAAGGCGGGAAAGAAGUAUGUGAACAAUGACUUCAUAUCUAGGAUCAUUGAUUUAUUGGAGUCUGAGGAUCCGCGGGAGAGGGAUUGUUUGAAGGCGAUUCUGCACAGGAUCUACGGGAAGUUUAUGAUUCAUAGGCCUUUUAUUCGAAAGUGCAUAAGCAAUGUGUUCUAUAGAUUCGUGUUUGAGGUGGAGAAGCAUAAUGGUAUUGCAGAGCUAUUGGAGAUUUUUGGGAGUGUAAUCACGGGAUUUGCUCUUCCUUUAAAGGAAGAACAUAAGGUAUUCUUCUGGAGGGCAUUGAUUCCCCUGCAUAAGCCGAAGUCGCUAGGGGUUUACUUUCAGCAGCUCUCGUAUUGUGUAAAUCAGUAUGUUGAGAAAGAGCCGAAGCUGGCUAGCCACUUGAUUCAGGGGCUGCUCAAGUAUUGGCCUAUUACAAAUAGCCAGAAGGAGGUUAUGUUUCUGGGCGAGGUGGAGGAGAUUCUCGAAGUAAUCAGCAUGGGUGAGUUCCAAAAAAUGAUGGUUCCGUUGUUUUGUCGCAUCAGGCACUGCAUAAAUAGCUUCCAUUUUCAGGUAGCCGAAAGGACUCUGUACCUCUUGAACAAUGACCAGAUCCUUAGCCUGGUUGCUCACAAUCGGCAAGUUAUACUGCCGAUAGUAUUCCCAGCUCUGGAAGCCAAUGCUCAAAACCACUGGAACCAGGCGGUUCUAAACCUAACCAUGAACGCAAGAAAGAUGCUGACAGAAAUGGAUGACGCCCUAGUAUCAUCUUGCAUCUCCAAUAACCAAGAGCAGCAAGAGAAAGUGAGCUCAUUGGCCGAGAAACGGAAGCAGGUCUGGGAGCACCUGGAGAACACGGCCAAUCUCCAGCCGAUGAUGGCCAGGAACACUGCCGUUCUGGUAGCUCAUUGAACCAACCAGCUCUACAUCCUGGUAAUAUAUUCUUCGCCUCCAUCUCAGGUGCCUGUUGCAAAGUUGUCGUUCUUGUUGCUGCGGGGGCUGGGUGAUCGAGAUGGCAUCAUCGUGGUGUUACAAAAUCUCAUCUUUCUGCUUUUAGAGAUGGCAUGGGAAGUGAUCUCCAGUGGAUAGUGUAAAGUAACAUCUUUUGUCAGCUCUUCUUCUUCUUGGUUUAGACUGGAUAUUGUUGCCAUUGUAUCUUUGAAAGUAGCUUUGAUAAUCUACAAGCUUACUCUGCCAUUUGUGUCUGUUUGUAUGAAAAUAUAUAGGGAAUGUUUGAAAUUAUCUGCGAAUGCUCUUUCGUCUCA